AUGUCGCUUGUGUCCGGCGAGAAGACCAACUUCCAGUACAUUCUGCGUCUCCUCAACACCAAUGUUGACGGUAAGCAGAAGAUCAUGUACGCCUUGACCCAGAUCAAGGGUGUUGGUCGCCGUUACUCCAACUUGGUCUGCAAGAAGGCCGAUGUUGACCUCAGCAAGCGCGCCGGUGAGCUUACCACCGAAGAGCUCGAGCGUGUCGUCACCAUCCUCCAGAACCCCGAGCAGUACAAGAUCCCCGCCUGGUUCCUGAACAGACAGCGCGACAUCACCGACGGCAAGAACUCCCAGGUCGUCUCCAACAACCUCGACAGCAAGAUCCGUGAGGACCUUGAGCGUCUCAAGAAGAUCCGCUCCCACCGCGGUCUCCGUCACUACUGGGGUCUCCGUGUCCGUGGUCAGCACACCAAGACCACCGGUCGCCGUGGUCGCACCGUCGGUGUCAGCAAGAAGAAGAACUAAGCAUCUCCUUAAUCGUCUGGGAGACUUGUUUUUUU